CCAGCCUCGUUCGGAGUGUUUUGACCAACCAGUCGCGCUCACUUCGGGGACUAGGUCUCAGGUCUUCGCUUGCCUUGUCAAGAACGAUGUUGCGAACUCCCAGGUUUGCUGGCUUUGCAACCGCGAGCGAAGACGUGGAGGCAGAGAUCCCUCCACAGCCGAACGAUGCCCCAGUGCCUUUUGGUGGUGAAAAGGAAGGUCAAACCGAUUGGUCCAAAAGUUACUACGGCCUCUCCCAGCAGGCUUUCCCCAAAGAGGCUGCCGAUAUCCUUCUUGCGCCUGUGGAGCCCCUCGACGUAGAAUGCAAGCCAGAUGGCCUUCUUUACCUUCCUGAAAUCAAGUACCGUCGCAUUCUGAACAGGGCGUUCGGUCCUGGUGCAUGGGGUUUAGCGCCUCGCGGUGAAACUAAUGUCAGUGCGAAAAUUGUCAGCCGGGAAUACGCUCUCGUGUGCCAAGGGCGACUCGUCGCCAUCGCUAGAGGCGAACAAGAGUAUUUUGACGUCAACGGAGUCGCCACGGCUACCGAAGCGUGCAAGAGCAAUGCCUUGAUGCGCUGCUGCAAGGACCUAGGAAUUGCUAGUGAACUCUGGGAUCCUCGCUUCAUUCGCGAAUUCAAAGCUAAGUACUGUGUUGAAGUCUUUGCCGAGCAUGUCCCGACUAAGAAAAAGAAGAAGUUGUGGAGGCGCAAGGAUGCCCCCAAGUUGGCUUACCCUUACCAAGAGUAAACGUAUAACCAGUCCGAUGUACAGGCAUUCGUAAUAAUGCUACUAUGUCUCUUGCACCCCACUCCCAU